AAACUAAAUUUGGAUAUCCCUGCUUUUUUAUUGGUUGUUUUCAUUCGCGCCAAGGCAAAUCGUUACUGCAUAGCCAAUAAUAUCCAAGCUAAAUGCAAAUAGAAUUAUUUGCUGCUCCUCUGAUAAUACGACGAAAUUUGCUACUUGAAAAUCGUCCAUAGUGUUUUUCUUUCUUUUUUUUAAUCAUCGAUUUUCCGAAGAAUACCGAUUAGAUCCGAGAACGAACGAGACGUCGCUGCGUUAAUCUGGUAUUUCAUUCGCGCGAAUGGUUCGUCACGUCCGCCCAGUUUAGUAAGAUAAUUUUAUGCAUAUAAAUAUGCAGUUGUGUCGUUCGUAUCAACGGUCACAGACAGACAGCAGUAUUUAAGAUUUUAAUUUUACUCUGUUAAAAAGUUACAAAUCAUUCAUCCUGUAAAAAAUGUCGGAACUUCGAAAAAGAACUGUGGAAGAUGCGUCCGCAGCUACGCGGGAUGUCACUGAUGAUCAGCUAAUAACAGGGACGCGUCAACAUUGUUUGCCCCCGCUAAAGGAAGAAAUCGAAUCCGAAGAUGACGCGAAAUUGGAGGUAGAGGAUCUUUCUAAAACAUUGCCGCAAGGAACUCAUCAUACUCCUCAAAUUUUAAAUCCUGUUCUUUCUGGUCUUUCAGAUCGUUGGAAGAAUUGGAUUAUUAGAAGUAUUUCAACGUCGGUAAUGAUAGCUGUAUUUGGUUUUAUUAUAUAUGGUGGGCCAUUAGUACUUAUGAUUACGACAUUAAUAGUUCAAGUAAAAUGUUUUGAAGAAAUCAUUAAUAUUGGAUAUGCAGUAUAUAGAAUUCAUGGUUUACCAUGGUUUAGAUCUUUAUCCUGGUAUUUUUUAAUAACUUCAAAUUAUUUCUUCUAUGGUGAGAAUUUAAUGGAUUACUUUGCAGUUGUAAUCAAUCAAACGGAAUAUUUGCGUGUACUCGUGACAUAUCACCGGUUUAUUUCAUUCUGUCUAUACAUUGUUGGUUUUGUUUGGUUUGUACUGUCACUUGUAAAGAAAUAUUAUAUGAAACAAUUCUCUUUGUUUGCAUGGACACACGUUGCGUUACUUAUAGUAGUGACACAAAGUUAUCUUAUAAUACAAAAUAUUUUCCAAGGACUUAUAUGGUUUAUCGUACCAGUAAGUAUGAUAGUUAUAAACGACGUUAUGGCUUACAUGUUUGGAUUCUUUUUUGGAAGAACACCUUUGAUAAAAUUGUCUCCAAAGAAAACGUGGGAAGGUUUUAUAGGUGGAGGAAUAUCGACAGUUUUCCUUGGAUUAUUGAUGUCCUAUGUUAUGUGCCAAUAUCGCUAUUUCAUUUGUCCUAUCGAGUAUAGUGAAGCUUUAGGUAGAAUGACAAUGGAUUGUGAACCGUCUAGUUUAUUUCAACCACAAGAAUAUGUUUUGCCAAAGAGUUUUCAAAUCAAUGGUAAAGAGACACUGACUUUAUAUCCCUUUUUACUUCACUCUUUGUCAAUGUCUAUAUUUAGUUCUGUCAUUGGGCCAUUUGGAGGAUUUUUCGCCAGUGGUUUUAAACGUGCUUUCAAAAUUAAGGACUUUGGAGACGUUAUUCCUGGUCAUGGUGGAAUAAUGGAUAGAUUUGAUUGUCAAUAUUUAAUGGCAACGUUUGUCAAUGUUUAUAUUUCAUCAUUUAUACAAACAGCUUCACCUCAAAAACUUUUGCAACAGGUAUAUAGUUUAAAACCAGAGCAACAACUACAAUUAUUUCAAUCUUUAAAAGAUUCAUUAGAAAACAGAGGUCUGCUAAAUAUAUAUUGAUUUAAAAGAAUACACAUUUCUUAACAAUUAUUGCUAGAAUUUCUAUAGCAUACAAUGAAUGUAUGAGAGAAAUUAUUACUGUCAUUUCUGUAAGUGUCAAUCAACAGGAUGUACAAUCGAAGAAUAUCAGUAACUGAUAAAUAGAGAUUAGCUAAUCUCUGUUACAAUCUUUUAUCGAAAUCGUAGAAAAUUGAUAAACAUGCCAUAAAAUAUUUGCGAUUUUUUGUGCAUUCCGCAUAAGUUAGACGAAAUAUUGUAACUGAUUCUUUACGUGCCUCUUAUUAAGAAAUGCCACUUUCUUUUCUAAUAGCACAAGCCAAAGAAUAUUGCCUUUGAUAAAUCCUGUGUUUUGUAUAUUAGCUUUUGCGUAUCAAUCUUUAUAAUCAUAUAUUUACUUCUUUAAUCAGGUACAAAUAAUGUUCAACAAGGGAACAUAUUUUUCCAUCCAAUUAUAUAUUAAAUAUUACAAGUAUCUAUAUUUAUCAGAUCUCAAUACAUUAGUUUCUAAUAAUUACGCAUUUAUGAAUCAAUUUUGCAAGAAUGUCUUAUUAGACGUGCAGCGUAAUUUUUUUAAUAAUUGACAUUCAACGAUUAUUAUAUAUAUAUAUAUAUAUGAUAUGUAUGAUAUAUAUUAUAUAUAUAUGUAUGAUAUAUAUGAAAAUCAAGUGAAUUAAUUUAUUUAUAUUAAUGUGGAUACUUGCAUGUUCCUCUAGAAAAUUAUAUUUACUAUUUGUUGCGGAUUAUACACUAUAUGCAAGUAUUAAUAGCAAUUCUGAUUAGACAUUUUUAAGAAAAAAAUAUAGGACUUAAGAGAAAAUAUAGGUUUCAUCUUGUAUUCGAUGUUGUAUAAAAUAUUUAUUUAAUAACAAAUUAUUAUAUAAUGACACCUAAAUGAAAUUUAAAUAUUUUGUGAGAAUAUAUAAUUCUUCCUUAAAUAUUUAUAUUUCUUUGCUCUAAGUUGAAAAUUUUGACUGCGUUGAAUAAAAACUUGUUGAAUGUCACAAGAUAAAGAACAAUCCUUCUAUAUAAGAAAUCUUCCCAUAUUAGAAAAGUACAGUAUUGUAACAGAUGCAAACAUAGUGGUAUUUAUCGUUUGUUUUUAUAAAUUUUAGUACUUAUUAUUUCUAUAAUAUAUUCUAACGUACUAGAGAUUUCAUAAAAUUUAAUUAUAUUGUUUUUUUUUCCUUUUUCUUUUUUGUAUAUAUGUAUGUACCAUAAUGGUUAAUAUGUUAUAAAAGCGCAAAUACAAACGAAGAUGUUUCCAAAUAUCGCACAUCUGUACUAAAUUGUGAUAAAUGAAAACAUCGUUGUUUGCAGAAUAAACAUUACUGUAAUAUGACGAUCCAUUUAUUUAAUAAGAUAGAAAUGUUAUGAUUUAUCAUUCUAUUAUUUGAUAUAAUAAGAGCUUUAUAAUAAUUUGAAAAAUUGCAGAGCAUGCAUAAACGUAACCGAAUAGUUACAAACAUCGGCACCUGAUAUUAUUUCAUUUUCAAACGUUCCUAAUAUGUAACCUUGAAUUGCGCCAAUUGUCAACCAUAAAAAUAUUAUUAACGUUUAAUACUAUUUUCCAUGCAUUCUAUAUUAUCUGUUAAGUUGACAUGGCACAAUUACUUGGUAUUUUUAUGUGAUUGUAUUACAUUUCCAAAUAAAAUGCUGUAAGUCUUUCUUGCAGUCGAUGAACCAGAUAUAUCGCGCGGAUAAAAUACAAAAUGUACCUAACUAAUAUAAACUAAUGUUUGUACAUUUCUUUAUUAUUACAUUACGUAUUAACAGAUUUUGAUGUUGAAAUCUAAAUGUUAAAGAAAGUUAUGGUCUAUUUGAAUUAGAAGAUAAAUAGAGAGAAAGAAAAAAAGAAAAAAUAAUAGAUAAAUGGUUAAAGAUAAGUAUAUUUAUUUAUUAGACAAUAUAAGAAAAAAAUUAUAUAUAUAUAUAUACACAUAUACAUAUACAUAUAUAUCUAUAUCUAUAUGGAUUUAUGUAAUGUAACAUAAAUUCUCUAUUUUAACGUACGAUACUCUGUAUGUAUAAAAGGAGAUUUAUGUGCAGUAACAAAUAGAUUAUAUAAAUAAACAUAUGUGAAACCGAUAUAACUUAAAUACAAAUUUAUAGUAAUAAUAUAUUUAUGUAGUGACAUUGUAACAAUAAAAUAUGAUUUGUCGUUAUAUAA